AUGUCAUCUUUACAAAAACACUUACCCAUGGAGAGCAAGACAAAACCCGCCGAGAUUCCUCUGUCUGCCGUACCUCCGUCGGCCAAAAUCCACUACCCUUUCUGGUACGGAGGAUUUGCGUCGGUGGUGGCUGGUGUCUUCACCCAUCCUCUUGAUCUCGCCAAAGUGCGUCUUCAGACGGCCAAGACACGUGGUCAGGGACUCUUUGGCACACUGGUGAACGUGGUCAAGCACGAGGGUAUCACUGGUGUCUACUCCGGCCUCUCAGCCUCCAUGCUGCGUCUCUCCACCUACUCCACCAUGCGGUUCGGCAUGUACGAGUACCUCAAGGAGUCCAUUGCUCCAUACUACUACAACCCCAACAAGCGAGACCAGAACCCUCCCAUGUACGUGUUGCUUCCCAUCUCCAUCAUUGCCGGAAUCAGCGGUGGUAUCGUGGGAAACCCUGCCGACAUCAUCAACAUCCGAAUGCAAAACGACCAGUCCUUGCCCAAGGACCAACGCAGAAACUACAAACACGCCUUUGACGGUCUGAUCCGAAUGUACAAAGAAGAGGGAGUUCGGGCCAUGUUCCGAGGUCUCGGUCCCAACUGUACCCGAGGAGUUCUCAUGACUUCGUCGCAGAUGGUCUCUUACGACUCAUUCAAGGCUCUGCUGGUCAACCAUCUUGGAAUGAACCCCGAUAAGAAGGCCACCCACUUCUCCGCCUCUCUGCUGGCGGGUCUCAUGGCCACCACUGUCUGUUCUCCCGUCGAUGUUGUCAAGACCCGAAUCAUGAACGCCCAUGCCCAUCAUUCCAAGGACUCGGCCUUUACCAUUUUCUUCAACGCUCUGAAACAGGAGGGUCCUCUGUUCAUGUUCCGAGGCUGGCUUCCUUCCUUUGUCCGACUCGGACCCCAGACUAUUCUCACCUACAUUGUUCUUGAGCAGCUCAAGUUCUACAAGAUUGGAAUGCGACAUUAG